CUCGCUGGCGCUGAGGGUUUGCAGGCAGAUCCCGAGCAUCUCUCACAUCAUGUUCAUCACACGUGGCAUCCAGAGAUAUGCUGAAGCUUCCUUUAUCCUGAACAGAUACGAUCACAAAAUGAUAGUGUAGGAAGGGAUUUCUGUUUCCAACUCUUGAAAUCUUAAAAGUGUCGAACCUAAGAUGUAUGUCCCCUGGUCACCCAGGAGAGAACUAGGAGCAAAGCACUGUGCUAUUCAUUCUGCCACAGUUUAUCCUUCAGAGCUCUCUACACUCUCCCGAGAACAGCAGAGAAUGAACACACCUCAGAUUGAAAAGAAGUGUAUGCAGGCAUCAGUGUCAUUCAGGGACGUGACUGUGGCAUUCACCCAGGAAGAGUGGCAGCACAUGGGUCCUAUUCAAAGGACCCUUUACAGAGAUGUGACACUGGAGAACUACAACAACCUAGUCUCAGUGGGGAACUGCAUCUUCAAACCAGAGGUCAUCUUCAAGUUGGAGCAAGGAGAAGAGCCUUGGUUCUUAGAGGAAGAAUUCUCAAACCAGAGCCACCAAGGACCAUCUACCCACCAGGAUGGAACCAAUUCACCCCAGGGGCCUGAGUCAUUCAGAGGAGACCGGUGGCAACGUCUCAGCUGGAGGCCCUGGGCUACGCUAUAGUCGUGACUGCUCUCUUCUCCCCGCCUGGCUGGUCUCCUUUCCAGAUCACGGACUUUUAUUCCAACAGGUGGAUGCCUCAUCUAGAGACUGCCUGCCUGCCUGCAAAAGGACUUCAAGCUAAUAAUGAAAAGCAUCCGUGAAGGCAGGAAUUUUUAUCUGUUUUGUUAACAAUGUAUCCCAAGUGUAUGAAAUGGUCCCUGUAUAUGCUGGGCACUCAGAAAUAUUUCUUGAAGAUAGAAUUAUCAACAUGAUAUCUGAACUCUUAUUUUCCUUUUGAUGCUGCAAAUUCUCUUUUUAGAUUAUUCAUCAUUUAUUGUAGUUAAAGGAAAUUAUUGCUGUAAGAUCCCCCUCAAAAACUUCUGUUUUGGACAAUUUUCUAAAAUUGUUAAAAGAUACUUAACUUGCUCUUAAUAUUCAGAUGUGUACACUACUGUCCUUCAGAUCUUUGUCAGACAGUUAUCCUACCUAAUAACAGACAAAUAUGCAAAUUGACCAUACCUUCACUAUGCCCACGAUUGGCCAGGAGGCGCCGGGGUGGGGGGCAGGACUCGGGGUGGCCGGGGUGGCCGAUUGGGCCGGCGGGAUGCUGAGCUCGUGUUGC